AUGUCCGGCCUCGAAAAUGCCCUGUUUAACCUCAAGUUCACAGCCAAGUCGCUCAACCGGCAGGCACUCAAAGCCGGCAAAGAGGAGCAGGCAGAGAAGACGAAGCUGGAGAAGGCAAUGAAGCAGGGACACAACGACAUUGCCCGCAUCUACGCCGGGAACGCCGUCCGCAAACAGAACGAGAAGCUGAACCUCCUACAACUCGCCUCCCGCGUCGAUGCCGUCGCUGGCCGCGUUCAGACCGCAGUCACCAUGCGACAAAUCACAGGCAACAUGAUGAAGGUCAACCGGAGUCUGGACGUAGCCAUGAAGUCUAUGAGUCCUGAAAGGAUCGCCUCCGUUAUGGUCGACUUCGAGAAGCAGUUCGAGAACGUCGAUUCCGCAACCGAGAUCUACCAGGAUAUUACCUCUUCCGCGACCGCCGUCGGCACACCACAAGAAGACGUCGACCGUAUGAUGGCGCAAGCAGCGGACAAAGCUGGCGUGGAUUUGCAGGCGGAUCUCCAGUCAGCCACCCCAGCGAAGACAAAGGUUGGCCCUACGGAGCAGGAAGAGGAGGCUUUCACGGAGAGGCUACGCGCUCUGAGGAACUGA